AUGGACAUUGUACAGAUUGUUAUCUAUAACCUUCGUCUGCGGCGGGAGGAUGAGCUGUUGGCCGAAGGGAAGGAAGUGGCCAAGGACAAGAUGUUCUUUCGGUUCAAGGAGGACAUAUGCUACUUCAUCGACAAGAACUGGGGCCGUGUCUGCUUUGGCAAGUCUCGCACGGUAACGUGGAACAACACCAUCGGCAGCUCGCUGUCCUCACACCCUGAGCUGUUCGUGUCCGGCUACAAUUACUACAAGCAGUCGGGCUUCUGGUCCACUGUUAGCCCCAACAACCCAACCAUUGGUGCUGGCGGAGUGAGUGUAGAUCGAUCGAAGCGGCUCAAGGAGAGGAAGGCGACUGAUUCUACGAAGGAACGCAAACCCUCGUCGAAGAAGAAGCGGCGACCAACCGAGGUCAAUCCCUGGGUCGACAAGAGAGCAAAGGCCAAGCCCAAGAAGAAAAAGAACAAGAUACCCAAGGCCGCUCCGCCGGUCUUCUUCGCCGGGCCUUUGUUUUAUGAACCCGAUGGCAAGUAUCGAAAGAUGUGUAUGGCCAAGGAAAACUCGGCGAGGCAGGCGAAGAUAGGAGCUGACCUGCUCACCGUGGAGAACGAGAAGGGAUAUAGGAUGGUGCGCGCGGCCUAUGGAGCUCAUGAGGGCUGCUGGUUCUUUGAGGUGGUCAUCAACCAGCACUCGGGCAACACACGACUGGGAUGGUCGACAGAGAAGGGAGACCUGCAGGCUCCUGUGGGGUAUGAUGGCUUCAGCUUCGCCUACCGCGAUAAGGAAGGGACCAUUUUCCACCAGUCUCGAGGGCGCACACACCUGGAGCCUUACGUACCGGAGGCCAGCAAUUCGGGCACUGCUGCUGCUGGCGGUGCCGCGAGCCCUGCCAAGCUCAACGCCGGUGCCGACUCCGCGACGGUGGGUCCGGGCGAUACGUCGCCGCGCGCGACCGCUCCCGUUCCUGGCCCGGAGGAGCCACCCAAACCCGGUCCGCCGCUUCGGCACACAGAAAUUCGGUUCUACAAGAACGGGAGGUCGCAGGGGCCGGUCUUUGUCGAUAUGCUCCCCGCUGGCACCUACUACCCGGCGGCGUCCAUGUACAACUCGGCUUCGGUGACGUUCAACUUCGGACCCGACUUCAAGUACUCGCCGAUGGACGUGGGCACAUUCAUGCCGUGCACUCGCUUGGUGCAGGUGUUUGACGAACUCCAGGAAAAGCGCAAGGCCGAAGCGGAGGCCGCGGCCGCCAUCGCUGCCACCAAGGCCGCCGAGGAGGCAGCCUUGACCGAAGCAGCUGCGGCGCAGCUCAAGGCCGACGAGAUGGACUACUCACAGGCACAUGCUGCCAGCUCGACGCCUUACGCCCCCGCCGGCCAGCCGGCAUCGCCGUACCCCUCCACAACAUCGUCGUCAUCCUACACUUCACCAGCGUCCACCGCGAUGGACGUUAGCCAGGGCCAAGCAGCAGCACCAACUACGGCACCACCAGUGUCGCAGCCUCCGGCUCCGGAAGCUCUCUCGGGCGGCAACGACGCUACCGUUUCCUCUGCGGGACUCUCUACGUCGUCGGCCGCAAUCUCACUGCUGCUUAAUCCAGCCGACGACGAACCCAUGGACGUGGACCCUUUCUUCAAGCCAUCCUUCGACAGCGGGGAGAACCGAGACCGUGGAUAA